AAGAUGGCGCUUUUGAAUGUUUACGGUUGAAGCUGCAAAGCUACCGAAGAUACCCUCCUCCGUCUUCCCCAGCAGCGACCACGGAGGCCAUGGACUCUUCCGCACGAAUUCGCAGCUUCAUUUGCUCUUUCUGGAUUUUCUUCCUCCUAUUCUAUGGCGCCUCUGGCUCAGCCGCGGAACCCACCUUAGUUAUUGGUCAAUCUACUUCAGUGCAACUAUCUCCUGUAUUGCUGGUGGAAAACUCUCCUGGUUCCAGGCCCGGCACUUCUCUGUUUUGUGAAAGAGUUCAUAUCCAUGGUUUAUCAAGGAUGAAACAUUUGAGUAAAAUAGCCCAUUCAGUUAAAGUGAAAAUUCUCUCUAAUAGUAGCAGUCUUCGUCCGGCCAAGUUUGAGGUUUGUUUCCACAGGAAUUUAUCUCUUGGAGCGUGCAUGUGCCCUCAAAACGAAUGGGAAAAAGUUGGCAAGGGUUCAUGGUUUCGGUCAAUGUCACCAUUUGACCAUAAGCUCUUAGAUAUAAGAGUAGCUGGUUCAUCCUUGGAAACUUUUGAGUUGUCAAUUGAAGAAGAAUAUUUCCUGUAUCGGGUAGUCCUCUUGGUCAUGGGCUUGGUUUUAAUGACCUUUGCAUCUUCUUUGAGCAAUUCAUUGGCUUUCUACUACAGCAGUGCAAUGGCAGUUGGCAUCAUCCUUGUUGUGCUGAUGGUUCUUUUUCAGGGAAUGAGGCUGUUGCCAACUGGGCGAAAAAAUUCACUCAUGAUAUUCAUAUAUUCAUCUCUCAUCGGUUUGGGCUCUUUCCUUCUCCGCUACUUGCCUGGACUUUUUCAUUCAAUACUCUCAGAGUUGGGAAUUAGCGAAGACAUGUACAAUCCUUUGGCAAUUUUUCUCCUAGUCUUUCUGGUCCUUACUGGAGCUUGGUUGGGAUUUUGGGUUGUCCGGAAACUUGUCCUCACAGAAGAUGGGUCAGUUGAUGUAAGCACUUCUCAUUUUGUUGCAUGGUCCAUUCGAGUUUUGGCUGCUGUUAUGAUCCUUCAGUGUUCCCUUGAUCCCAUACUUGCUCUAGCAGCAUUGAUAUCUGGUAUUGCUACCUCAUAUAUGAUCAGGAGAUUUGGCAGAUUGAGAUUUUUUCGCCGACUGUGCAGGAAACUGCUUUCAUCCCCUAAGGACUACGGUAGAACACCACGAAACUCCCAUGUUUUGCAUGAUUCAUAUGAUGAGAGAGGCAGGUCCAAAAUGUCCUCUCCAGGAUUGUAUAGUUCUCCCUUGCAAGGGAGCAGGACGCCACCUACUCAGCCAUCCGGUCCAGAGGCUUACUACUCUACCUUCCACACCACACCUGAUGGUGAUAGGAAGAGAUACUCAGAUGACGAGUGGAGAAAGAUCACCAAAGAGUACACCAAAAAAUCCCUGGAAGAACUCGUAUCUUCUCCUGACUUCAGCAAAUGGGCCGUCGCUAAUGCUGAAAGAAUCACUUUGGCUCCAAUCAACAAUAAUGCUAGCACGAGCUGGGCCACGAGACUUCGCAACCUGCUACCAUGGACUUAGGCCACAUCUUAGGUCAUCUUGAGAUGCGAAAUGUGACUUUGCAGCAGAUGGGAGAGCCAAACUUAAUUUGGAUAUAUAUUCAAAUAGCCUUUCAAAGGUAAAGUGGUGCAAGCGGGUUGCUUACACAAGUCACUAAUUAUAUCACACUGUCCCUUUUCACUUGAGGCAGUGAGUUGUUAUCCAAGUCCUCAUAGCAAAUCGUGUCUUUGCUUUUGCGAAUGGUAUGUAAUUGUGACAUUUUAGUUUAGGAGAUUGUGCGUUACAUUUUUGUUGGUAGGGAAAACACGCAGCUUAACUUCUUUAGUUUAGCGGAGUUUUCGUCAUAGGUGACUAGUGAAGAGUAACAAACAGCAUUCUUGUUAACUUCUGAGGGAGAAGAUGAUGUGUAACACGACACUCUCACAACUUUCUUGCAAUUCUUGCUCAAUUUAACUGCGAUGUCA